AAGGAGCAGCCGUUUUCAUUUGUCUUGAAGGUGGGUUUACAACUUCCAGAUGGGCAACCACAAUAAAUUAGGAAACAAUAAAAAGAGUGAACCCUCAAAUUUCAUCUGCCAGAUUGAAAUGAAGUGUGUCUCAGAUUGGAAGAAACCUCAAAUUUUACCUGCAAGAGUAGGAAUUCAAACAUCUGUCAGUAACACAUUACUUGUCUUCAUGUGAUUCAACUCCCAAUGGUUUCCAAGCUGCCUAUAUCUCAAUAUUUAAUCAUCACCCAAAGUGUUCUAAGUUUCCAUCCCCAUUUGCUGCUCCCUUAUCUUCACUUGUCCGUAAAUUAAAUCUCACCCAACCCUUAGCUUGAUUGCAAUUGCUCAAUCUUUGCUUGAUUGCUCAUCAUCGAUUGCCCUUCUCACCCAAGCCAUGCCAACCCUGCAAGAAUCCUUCGCUUAAAAGCCCCCACACGCGCAUCGACCCCACGCCCUCCCUCCUUCCCCAAACCCCACCGCAAACACCACACCAUCAGACAUGCAAAGUCUACCUCCUUUCCUCUUCUUCUUCUUCCUCCUCCUCCUCCUCUCCUCCUUUCUGUCCCCCUCCCUCUCCUCGCAUGUGUCCGACGACAUCGAGUUCUGGUGCAGCAACACGCCGCACCCGGAGCCGUGCCGAUACUACCUCGCCCGCAACCCUUACCUCGGCGCCCCCAAGGACAAGGCCCAGUUCUAUAAGCUCUCCCUCCGGCUCGCCCUCGACCUCACCCUCCGCGCUCAGAGCCAUCUCAAGCGCCGCGGUCCCGUCUGCCGCCGCUCCCCCGAGAAGACCGCCUGGCUCGACUGCUGGAAGCUCUACGCCAACACCGUCCUCCAGCUCAACCGCACCCUCGCCCCCCCGCCCGGUGCCGGCUGCACCGCCUUCGACUCCCAGACGUGGCUCAGCGCCGCGCUCACCAACAUACAGACCUGCCCCAAGGGAUUCCGCGAGACCCGCACCUCCUCGGAGCUCAUCGGCCCGGUCGUGCGGUACAACGUCUCCGACCUCGUCAGCAACUGUCUCGCCAUCAACAAGCCCGCCGCCGCCGAUGCAUACCGCGGAAGGUUCUCCAGCUGGACGACGUUCGGUAACCGGAGGCUCCUGCAGCUCUCGGCGGCCGCGGACCUCGUGGUGGCCAAGGACGGCUCAGGCAACUUCCGAACCAUUAAGGAAGCUCUCGAUGCUGCGUCGAAGCGGAUGCAGGGCAGGAGGGACUCCAAGUUCGUGAUACGCAUCAAGGCUGGUGUGUACAACGAGUACCUGCAGGUAGUCAGCAGCUUGAGCAAUCUCGUCAUGGUCGGCGACGGCAUCGGGAAGACGAUUAUUACCGGAAGCAGGAGCGUUGCCAAUGGCUACACCACCCUUAGCUGUGCAACCUUCAGUGUGUUUGGUGAUGGAUUCGUAGCGAGCGGGAUCACGUUCAGGAACACAUUCGGUCCGGGGUCGCAAGCGGUGGCGCUGCUGUCGGCGUCGGAUCGCUCCGUCUUCUACCGGUGCAGCAUCGAGGGAUACCAGGACACGCUGUUCGUGUACACCCAAAGGCAGUUCUACAGGGAGUGCGACAUAUAUGGCACCAUCGAUUUCAUCUUCGGCAACGCGGCGGCGGUGCUCCAGCGCUGCAACAUCUACGCGAGGCGGCCCCGCCACGGCGAGUCCAACGUCAUCACGGCCCAGGGCCGCAGCGACCCCAACCAGAACACCGGGAUCGUGAUCCAGUCCUCCAACAUCAAGCCGGCGACGGAGCUCCUGCCGGUGCGGCGGACGGUGAGGUCGUACCUCGGGAGGCCGUGGAUGCAGUACUCCCGCACGCUCUACCUACAGAACUACAUCGACAGCAUCAUCGACCACGCCGGGUGGCUGCCGUUCCGGGGCAGCUUCGCCCUCAGCACCUUGUACUACGCCGAGUUCGAGAACACCGGGCCGGGGGCGAGGAUGUCGAGGCGGGUAAAGUGGCCAGGCUACCACGUCAUCCGGCGGGCGUCGAUCGUGCGCCCCUUCACGGUGGGGCGGUUCAUAGCCGGCGGUUCAUGGAUUCCGUCCACCGGCGUGCCCUUCAACCCGAGCUUGUGACUCCGUAGCUCGCAUUCUUACUAGAAUAGCUUUGUCUGCAUUCACCAUCGCAACGUUUUUACUGCGUCUCAUUGUAAACCACAAGCAAUAAGCAGAAUGGAAUGUCGCCAUGAAGCGUAUG